AUGUCUCACGAACACUGUCCAUGUUGUUUCAAUUUCGAUCCAGACUUGGUAGCACCAGGUUCCAAUAAUGAUGUCAGAGUUGACUCAAAGGAGCUUGUAGUAUUGGUGCUUCGAGACAUCAUACAGUUCGAGAGCGCGGCGAUUUCAGGUUGUGACUGUUGUGCAUUCAUUUUCAAGGCUCUAACAUCUUCGGAUUUGUUGGGGACUGAGAAUCAGAUGGGAAUUCAGCUUUACCUUCGACUUCCGAUUGGACGAGGAAAUCCAGAGAUAUUAUUCGGCGAUCCUGAGCGCUCGCAAAUGUUCUUACAAUUCUAUACUGACUAUGCUCAAGGAAAGACUUGGAAACGAGUCAAUCCUUUGCCAGACAUUUGUGACGACCAUUUAUCGCGCGAAGGCUUAAGCUUCGUCAACGCUUGUUUCUAUAACUGUAUCAAUGACCAUAAGCUCUGCAAGCAAGACAAUUCUACUUUACCAACCCGUAUUUUAGAUAUAGGGAGCGCUGGGGAUGACAAAAUUUAUCUCGUUGAAUCAGAGGCCCUCAAGCCUGAGAAAUAUGUCGCACUCAGCUACUGCUGGGGCAGAAAUCCAUCUAUCAAAGCCUUGACGGGAAAUAUGGAAAACAUGAAGAGCGGAAUCGGACUUGAGGAACUUCCAGCAGCUUACACUGACGCAAUCGCACUGACUCGAGAGCUCGGGGUGAGAUAUUUGUGGAUAGAUGCACUUUGCAUCAUUCAAGACUCUGAAGCCGACUGGGAAAGAGAAUGCUCUAGGAUGGCUGACACAUACGCCAAUGCUUUCUUGACGAUUGCAGCCUCGUCAUCAACAUCUGUGACCAGUCACUUUCUACGGCCUCAGCUAAAGCCACCACCUCGAGCGGCCCAGGACCAAUGCGCGAUCUGCAGCGAAUCAAUGAGAAGCGAAAGGGGGCCUCCGAUUUUACUGAAAGUAAGGCUCAUGCAAGCAACCGGUGCUCAUUGGAAGUGGAGACCAUCUCACAGUACGGAUCAACAGCCGCUCGUGGAACCUCUCACUCAACGAGGCUGGACGUUGCAGGAGAAGGUCCUAUCAACCCGGCUACUGUCUAUAUCCGCGAUGGAGAUGGCUUGGACUUGCAAAGAGGCAAUAUUCUGCGAAUGCGGAUCGAAGCUGAAUCACCAGCGGGAAUUUGGGGGAACGCCAUUGAGUCAAAUAUCGCGACAUAGUGAAGCCUUCAAUUUCUGGCACAAAGUUGUUGAGAAUUACUCCAAGAGAAACCUCACGCAGGCCGGCGAUAAGCUCCCAGCAAUAUCUGCUAUAGCCGCUAUAGUCCAGAAGAAGAUCGGGUCAGAUUACGUGGCUGGUCUAUGGACUGAUAACAUUGAUCUGGAUCUGUUGUGGCGGAGGCCAUCAGCCAGUAGGAUUCAAGCUGCCAACUCAUCUUACAUCGCCCCGAGCUUUAGUUGGGCUUCAAUCACGGGAGAGGUCGAUUACCUGUGUUUUAGAAACGGAAAAUGGCCAUAUGAGAAGGCAGCUACAGUGAUGGACGUCAAUGCAGCAACAGGUCCUGACGCGCCACUUGGAAGAGUCACCAGCAGCAAGAUGAUAAUCAACGGGCCAUUGGCGAUGGGGUAUCUCGAGAGUCGGGGCCCGUACGAUUGGUACGCGGUGCGUAUUGGGCGGGCUCUUCUGUGGUUUUCCGCAGAUACGAGCCUCUCAACAAUUGUAAACGGCAGUGAAGUCUCAGUGUGCAGAAGAAGCCGUGAGCACAAGGGAAGCGACGUAGCGGCGGAGCUGAAGCGGCUAAACCGAAAGCGGAGUUCUGGGGAUACACACCACCUGACCGAGCCCACCACGGGGAAUACAGCGAUUCGAUGCUGGGUGCUGAGACUUGGGGCAUUUCCGUUCGGGGAUAAGGGGCAAAGGGAUCACGAGUGGCUAGUGCUGGGGCGGUCAGCGACACAGCCUGAGCUAUUUGAGAGGGUCGGACUAGGGUCGCUGAAGGAUAGUCAAGAGGCGGAGGUUCUCGAGUUGGAGACGAUAACGACAGUUACGAUAGUCUGA